AUUAAAAAAAAAUUUUUUUUAACGAUAUCUAUGAUAACCUCCAUGGUUACCAUGGCGAUAGUUGCAAACAAACAGAAGUUUACGUUGACACGUGGUUUGGUCGUUUAUAAAUUUUAUUUAUGCAUUAGACGAAUUAGCAAUGGAUAAUGGCUAUGGAAAUGUCAGUUGGUGGGGAUUUAGUCCUGCUUUAGAUUUUCAAGAAAUUUAUGAAAUUCAAAAAUUAAACAAAGAUACAUUAAAUAUUUUAAUUGUUGGUGCUGGUGAUCCUCGACACGUAUUAAAAUCUAUAUCACAAUGUCAUCAACAUAAAAAGAAAAAUCUUCAGUUCUUCAUAAUUGACAACUGCAUUGAGAUUUAUGCACGUUACAUGAUUUUAUUGAAAUUAGCCAUGGAAUCAACUACUAAAAUAAGUUUGCAAGAAAGAACAGAAUUGUUUCUUGAAAUAUUUGGAAAUUCAUUAAUACGAAGAAGCACUUUUAAUUACAUUAUUAAUACUGCUGAUCAUUUUGUAAGAUUAGUGACUGAUUUUUCAGAACUGGAAAAGGAAAUGCCAUUUAUAAAUUUAAAUGCAUUAAAGUAUAAAGAGAUUGAUGGUUUAGAAGCUGUAUUUAAAUUAUGGAGAAAUCCCAAACCUGAAGCUUUUAAUAUUGCAAACUGCUGGGAUUUUCGUUUGCGACAAUAUCUUGGCACACGUUAUGAUUCUAAACAAGGUGUAUUUGAUUGGGAUUUUAAUAUGCAAUUGAAAGAUAGAAGGGUAAGAUAUUAUUAUUAUUUAUUUUUUUAAAUAACAAAUAGACAGACUGGGUGGCUGAGGGAGUUAUGGCUUUGGCCAACCACUCUUGGGGACCAGAAUCAAACCUGAAUGGAUCAAACAAUCCCUGGAAUUUUUUGGGUAUGGUCCAUAUAUAGAGACACUCUCUCAUCACUUGGCUGCCUCAUUGUUGGCCUGGCAGAAACCAGUGGACCUGAAAAAAGCCCUCUUGGUGCCUACAAGGCAGAAAGAGUUUAAAAAAACAAUAAGAAAUAAAGAACUCCAUAAAUUUAUAAAAUGUAUUAAUAUAUUUUUCAAAAUGAAACAGAAAAGUAUACUCUGAUUUAUCUUAAAUAUUCUCCAUUAGCAUUCUAUUUUAUAACUUCAUUCAGUUAAGUAUACAGUGGAUGAUCAGUUAACGAACAGUUCAGAUAACAAACAAAUCAGAUAACAAACACUUUCACGAAAGAUUUUUAUGAUCGGACAAUGAACACUUUACUGAACAAACAUAAAAAGAAGCAAUGGAAAGUAACAAAUACCGAUUGAUUUUCCCUUGUCUUUGGGUAACAAUUCGAAACCUUUCAGAGCACGGGAGACGUCAGAUGUCAACAUCAAUGCUCAACGUAAUACUGAUCGGAUAGUAUAAUAUUCCUCCGAAUUUUGAAAUUCUUCCUUGUAAUUCCAGCUUUUUGUUUACCUUUCUGACAAAUAAUUUUUUAUAGUAUUCACGAGACUGUCGGAUGGGCACUUAUUAAGUUUUGCAUUGGGUUUAUUUACGAAAUGGGAAAGUUUAACUGCCCAUCAGAUAUUCGUUAACAUUUUAAUACCAAAUUUCGAAUGUCAU